AUGGCCUUCCGCGUCUCGGCCAACGUGGCCCUCCUCAUCGUCUUCUCCCUCAUGGCCGUCGCUCACUGCGUUCCCCACGAAGCCGAGCUCGCCACCGACGCCUCCGCCGCAGCCGUGACCGCGGCUGAGGUGGACGCGGUUUCAGACGGGGAGGGACUACUCCUCCUGCCGUACAGCGACGACAGCGUCGUGUACGACGCGGUGUCCGGUGACGGAGAGGUGCCCGGGAAGGAGGUGGUGGUGGAGCCCGUCGCGGAGCCGGACCCCGAUCGGUCGCACCUGGACAGCGACGGCGAGGAGGAGCUCACGGCCAUGAAGCUGGCCACUGAAGGCCAACAGCAGGAUGAUGAAAAGACGAAGAAGCAGAUCGACGGCGAUGAAGACGAAGACGAGGAGGAGGAGGAGGAGAAGACAAGGAAGAAUAAUCACGGCGGCGUCAAGGAGGAGAAGAAGAAAAGAAAGAAGCACCACGACUGCGACGGCAAGGAGAAGAAGAAGACGAAGGGGCACCACAAGAGCAACGACGAGGAGGAAGAGGAGGAGGAGAAGACGAAGAAGAAGAUCCAGCGUCACCACCACGUUCGAAAGACGAAGACGAAGAAGCUGACGCAUCACAACAAGAACGACAGCGACGACGAAGAGGAGCAAGAGAAGAAGGAGAAGCGGUGGAGGAAGGCCAUCAGCAGGAGCAUGUUCGGCCACGGCCGCCGCUCCCAGCGCGAGGAGGCCGCGAAGGAAGAGGUGAACAACUAG